GUAGUUAAGAUGUUGAUGAUGGUGGUUUUGCUCUUUGCAUUGCUCUGUCUACCCUACCGGACGAUGGUUGUACACAACAGUUUUUUUGAGUCAUUUGUGACGUGGUGGUCACUGCUUUUCAUUAAAGUUAUGUCGUAUCUUAACUCUGCCGUCAAUCCCAUCCUCUAUAGUGCCAUGUCUCAUAAGUUCAGACGUGCUUUUAAACAAUAUCUCACCUUCGGUAAGUGA